AUGAGUACUCUCAUCAUCUUCACAAUUCUAUGUACCAACCUAAUCAUCAACAGUUUUCCCGCCACAGCUGUUUCAACCAUCAAAGUUGGGGACCAACUCAACCGCAAUUCUCAGCUUCUUUCCCACGGUAAAGAGUUCGCGUUAGGGUUCUUCGACUAUCCAUACAAAAACACCAUUUAUUUAGGAAUUUGGAACACCAACGACGGUGAAUAUCCCACUAAAGUAUGGGUAGCCAACCCAUCCAAACCGAUCGCGUUCAGCUCUAGCAAUGGUGUCGUCCUGAUGAUCCAUCCUGAGACCGGAAAAUUGAUCAUUGCCUCCGGUGAAACGACCCUUGUAAAUAUCUCCGAUAAUCAAUUUACUCCUGGUGAUAAUUUGACCGCAACUCUUUCAUACACUGGUAAUUUCCAACUGAAGAAGGAAACUGACAACCAGACUCUGUGGCAGAGUUUUGAUCAUCCGACGGAUGUUCUUCUACCAGGUAUGAAGCUCGGGGUAAACUUUAAAACAGGGCAGAGCUGGAACUUAACUUCUUGGUUCAGACCUGAUAACCCUGAUUUGGGUGCUUUUACUUUGAGCUGGGAACCCACUGACGAAGCAUCUCAGAGAUUUAUGAUUCGAAGACGAGGUCAACCCUACUGGACUAGUGGGAAUCUAAAUAAUCAAAUUUAUCCGAAUAAAUUUGAAUUUGUUACUGUAGAUAAUGGAUACCCGUAUAAUAUUAGUUAUGUAUACAAUAAUGAAGAGAGAUACUUCAGUAUCCAUGCAAACGUGCAUAUCGGUCUAGAUGGCAGCAUUGGUCGUUAUCCUAUGUGGUCUUUGAAUCCAGAAGGCAGGCUUGUAGCUGGUCAAACCUACUCUGUCUUAACCGGUGAGGAGUUCUGUUAUGGGUAUGAGACACGUACCGGGUGUGUGGUAGGUCCUCCUUUACCACCGUGUAGGACUGAGAAUGAUAAAUUUAAUGAACGAAACGGGGAUUUUGCAAACGGCAUGGUGAAUAUGUCGAAUGAUGCUAAUUCAAGCCUAAGUUUUAGUGAUUGUAUGAAGAGGUGUUGGGAUGAUUGCAGCUGUCUGGCGAUUAACACACAAGAAAACGGAACCAACUGCGUUACAUGGCAUGGACCCAAAUCAACCAAGUUUAAACUAAACCGGGCAGGUACUUCUGAGCGGAAGUAUGUGUUAGAGUCUCAACAUCCGAGUAAAGCUACUGCACACAUUUGGGCACCUAUUGUUGCUGGGAUUUUUCUACUCUCCUUCUGCUUCGGACUAUUGUGGUAUCUUAAGAAGAGAAAUCUUAGACUAAAAGCUGAGGAGACACAAAGAAGAGAUGACCAAUAUAUUAUUGGGCUGAUGGCUUCAGAUAGCUUCAAUGAUGCAAGUAAUCUCGAUAGCAGUGGCAGAAAAAAAAGUGAAGUUAUGGUGUUCAGCUAUGCUUUUAUCGUAGCAAGCACAAAUGACUUUGCAAGUGAGAAUAAACUCGGAGAGGGUGGUUUCGGACCUGUUUAUAAGGGGAAACUUAGCGAUGGACGGGAUAUGGCAAUUAAAAGGCUUUCAAGAGCAUCAGGACAAGGGUUGGUGGAAUUCAAGAAUGAACUCAUACUUAUUACCAAACUAAAACAUACAAAUCUUGUUCGGGUCCUAGGUUGUUGUAUUCAUGGAGAAGAAAAAAUGUUAAUUUAUGAGUAUAUGCCCAACAAAAGUUUGGAUUUUUUUCUCUUUGAUGAAACAAAAAAGACGCUCCUAGACUGGACGAAACGAUGGAACAUCAUUGAAGGGAUUGCUCAAGGCAUGCUUUAUCUACAUAAAUACUCAAGAAUGCGAGUUAUUCAUAGAGAUCUAAAAGCAAGUAAUGUCUUGUUAGAUGAAAGUAUGAACCCCAAGAUUUCUGAUUUCGGUAUGGCCAGAAUUUUCAAACAGCAUGAGACUGAAGCAAUGACCAACAGGGUGGUGGGAACAUAUGGUUACAUGGCUCCUGAGUAUGCAAUGGAAGGGACUUUCUCGGAUAAGUCUGAUGUUUUCAGCUUCGGAGUCUUAACCCUGGAAAUUGUGAGCGGAAGGAGAAAUACUAGCUUUUCUCAUAGUGAUAAGACUGUCAACCUAAUUGGAUACGCAUGGGUGUUGUGGCUAGAAGAUGACGCACUUGAGCUAGAGGAUCCAACGCUAAUCAAUACUCAUGUCAUACAUCAACUGUUGAGGACUAUCCAUGUGGCACUUCUCUGCGUUCAAGAAAAUGCAUCGGAUAGACCUGUGAUAUCGGACGUUUUAUCUAUGCUUAACAAUGACACGAUGACACUACCGGUCCCAAAUCAACCAGCAUUCUUUAUUGGUAGAACUGCUUCGAACUCAACUUCAGAGGAAAGGAAGUCGAAUGAAUGUUCAGUAAAUAAGAUGACUGUUACGGAUUCUUCUACCAUAAUUGGAUUUUUCAGGAUUCCAACUAAGAGGACAUCGUUCCUUGGUUAUGGAGAUUUCCAUGAUCUUAUGGAUAUCAGACAUUGA